AUGCCGAAUCCCACCAAGGACCUUCACACGGUGGAUGACACCUCGUUCCCCUACAUUGUCGAGCAGAAUGCCACCAUUCGCUUGGUUCACAGUAAUGGACUCGUGAGAUGCAACGUCUAUCGUCCCAAGGGCGUGGAUCGCGUCCCUGUGUUGGUCACAUACGGACCUUAUGGAAAGGACAUUCACUACAAAGACUUCCAUCCCAAGUCAUUCUCUGAGGUGAAUCCUAACCACAAGUCUGCACACUCAGCAUGGGAAACCCCCGAUCCGGCAUUCUGGACCGGCCACGGAUAUGCCGUCGUGCGUGCCGAUGAAGUUGGCACUGGGCAGUCCCCCGGCACGCUCGACACCAUGUCGCGAAUGACGAGCGAGGCUUUCUGCGAAGUUGUGGAGUGGGCGUCCGAGCAAGCCUGGAGCAGCGGGAAAGUCGGUCUUCUCGGCAUCUCGUACUAUGCAGGAAGCCAGUGGCGUGUCGCAGCCAGGAAGCCCAAGGGCCUCGCCGCCAUUGUGCCCUGGGAAGGCAUGUCCGACUACUACCGUGACAGGUGCCGUCAUGGCGGCAUUUCGUCCAACAGUUUUAUCAAAUUCUGGUGGAACAGACAGGUGGUCACGAACCAAUACGGCAGGCCAGGAAGAAGCGCCUCCUCCUGGGGACCGGACACAAUCGAAGGCGACCUGCCAGAGGAGGAGCUUGUUGCCAACAGAAACGAUCAGACCAUUGACAACCAAGCGCACCGAUUCAGGGACGAAGAAUACUAUUCUUCCAAGGAAUACGACAUGGGCGACAUUGAAGUGCCCCUCCUGUCUGUGGGCAACUGGGGCGGCAUUCUGCUUCACCUGCGAGGAAACAUUGAGGGAUACAUCCACGCUGGCAGCCAACACAAGUUUCUUCGCAUGAUUGUUGGAAGACAUGAUCUUCCAUUCUACUAUGACGAAGAAGUCUCUGUGCAGAAGAGCUUCCUGGAUGCAUUCCUCAAGGGAGAGGACAAAGAUGGCUGGACAUCGGGUCAAAUGCCACCUGUCAGCCUCGUGCUGCGGAAAGGCAACCUGGGGUUCAACAACCCCCAAAAGGAGAAGGAGUUUCCUCGACGCGAUGAAACUGAAUGGCCCAUAGCGCGCACGCAGUACACUAAACUGUACUUGACGCCCGAUCUGAAGCUGCAGGACAAGGCGGGGGUGACGAAUCGGCACAAGCUCUCGUACAAAGCACUGGGCACAUUGGAAAACCCGCAGUGUCUUCAGUUCACCACUGAAUCUUUUGAUCGUGAGACGGAGAUCACUGGACACAUCACGGCGCAUUUGAACGUCUCCGUGACCCCCGACGCCGGCGGACCCACGCCUAGCGACAUUGACGUCUUUGUCACGCUCCGCCAUCUGGAUGCAGAGGGAUCUGAAAUCUUCUAUACAGGCACUGCUGGAGAUCCUGUACCAUUGACCAAAGGCUGGCUGAGGGUGUCCAUGCGUGCGGUGAACACCGCGCACCCGAAGCACAGAGAGUGGUUGCCGCAUCGAGACUAUACAAGUGCGGACGUUCUCCCGGUCAUCCAAGGAGAGAUGUAUGCAAUCGAUGUCGAGGUUUGGCCCACUAAUGUUAUUGUUGGUGUGGGUGGCAAGCUGGUCUUUGAGAUCUCGUCCGGUGACACUCAAGGAUCAGGCAUCUUUGGCCACAAUGAUCCCGUUGACAGGUCUCGUGAGAAAUUCCAAGGAGUUAACCAUUUGCAUUUCGGGCCAGGCAUCGAAUCGUUCAUCACCUUGCCAAUCAUUCCGAGCAAAAGCGAAUAG